GACGAUGAGUCACGAUUCUAAAUAUGGAAUGUCACAAGUAGCAACACCGAAACGGAAGCCCGCUAAUUUUUCUAUCAGUAAGUGAAUCUUGUCUAUGUCUUAAAUCUUGUCGUGACAAGCUCGUUUUCUAAGAAAGUAGUUAAAGUGAGUUUAACUUUUAUAUGAGUGAAAAAGUGCAGAAAGUCCCGCUGAUGCUGUUACCAAAGCUACGUAGUGGUGAUAUAACUCCCUUUUAUUAUUCUGACUAUAAUUUUACUAACGAUGAUGCCAAAUUCUGUUUGAUAACUUGUGUUUAAAAUGGCCGGCCGGCAAUGCGUCUUGUAAAGAUAGAUGAGUACUCUUUAGGGGGCAUCAAUAAGUAAUGCCCACAAUUGAAGACGUUGUCUGUAUGCAUAGCUUGCAAUUGUAGAAGCCUUCCUUGGCUACCGUUGUCCAAAUGAGUAGCGAAAUCGAAGAAGUAUUUCCUGGCCAGGUUGCAUCUAAGAGUAUGGUGCACUGUUAUGAGAGGCUUUCUUGGCCAUGUAAGUGCUGGCGUGCACACUGUUAUGAGAGGCUUUCUUGGCCACGUAAGUGCUGGCGUGCACACUGUUAUGAGAGGCUUUCUUGGCCAUGUAAGUGCUGGCGUGCACACUGUUAUGAGAGGCUUUCUUGGCCACGUAAGUGCUGGCGUGCACACUGUUAUGAGAGGCUUUCUUGGCCACGUUAGUGCUGGCGUGCACACUUUUAUGAGAGGCUUUCUUGGCCAUGUAAGUGCUGGCGUGCACACUGUUAUGAGAGGCUUUCUUGGCCACGUUAGUGCUGGCGUGCACACUGUUAUGAGAGGCUUUCUUGGCCACGUUAGUGCUGGCGUGCACACUGUUAUGAGAGGCUUUCUUGGCCACGUAAGUGCUGGCGUGCACACUGUUAUGAGAGGCUUUCUUGGCCACGUUAGUGCUGGCGUGCACACUGUUAUGAGAGGCUUUCUUGGCCACGUAAGUGCUGGCGUGCACACUGUUAUGAGAGGCUUUCUUGGCCAUGUAAGUGCUGGCGUGCACACUGUUAUGAGAGGCUUUCUUGGCCACGUAAGUGCUGGCGUGCACACUGUUAUGAGAGGCUUUCUUGGCCAUGUAAGUGCUGGCGUGCACACCGUUGAAGAGGUCUUCCUUGACCACCUAAGUGCUGGCGUGCACACUGUUAUAAGAGGCUUUCUUGGCCACCUAAGUGCUGGCGUGCACACCGUUGAAGAGGUCUUCCUUGACCACCUAAGUGCUGGCGUGCACACUGUUAUAAGAGGCUUUCUUGGCCACCCAAGUGCUGGCGGGCACACUGAUGAAUAGGGCCUUCUUGGCCACCCAAGUGCUGGCAUGCACACUAAUGAAUAAGUCUUACUUAGCUACCUAAGUGCUGAUAAGCACACCAUUGAAAGGGUCAUGUAUAAAAGGGCAAUUAACUGACAUAAAGUAAAACCUGAGAGUAACUAAUAAGAUCACAUACGCUGGUGUUCAGCCAGAGUCAUUAAGAGAGAUAAGCUUACAUUCUGCAGGGUGAUGUGUCACCAAGUAGGUGGUAGUUGUAUCACCAAUCAGUAGUUCAUUUAUGUUUCUUAAACUUACAGAUGGAGAAGUAAUCCGUAUCCAUGAGGUGAAAGGAAAGGUGCAAGGAAAGCCAUAUUGAGGAUCUGAUCACUGACAUAGGAACCUAUGACGCUAAGUUUAUUUUAUGAGGUUCCUUUUUCCGUUUAUGUCAAACUCAGGCCAGGGGACAGCAUCAAUCACAGAAUGAGGAACUUUCUAGGAUACGUUCCGGUAUACGUUCAACGUGAGAAUUAACUAUUUUGUCGUUGCUCGGAUACAUACAUAAAACAUAAACCGCCUAUAUACGUCCCAGUGCUGGGCACAGGCCUCCCCUCAAUUAACCGGACACAUACCACAUACAUAACAUACAUCGGCUCGGGUACAUAACUAAUCAAAAAUAUAUAAUGUAAUGGCAGAGAAGAGAAGAUAAUUUGGAUCAUAU